CAUCACGAAGCAAUUAAAACUGUCAAAUAUUAUACAUGACACUACAUUUUUCGUUCUCGGUACUGGACCGGUAAACAAAAACUUUUGAAAGUAGAAAGAUCUUGUUUUGUUAAUUUAAUAUAAUAUUUUGUUUAUAAAAUUAAUUAUGAGUCAAAAAGUAACUGUAUUAACAACAAAUGGACGUAGACAAAAUGUACCAGUCACACCAAAUACCACCCUUUUGCAAGUGCUAGAACAAGUUUGUCAAAAACACAAUUUUAAAAGUAAUGAACAUGGAUUAAAACACUUUAACAAAGUUCAAGAUUUAACACUAACUUUUCGAUUUUCUGGUUUACCAAACAACUGUUUAUUAGAAAUGUUUGAAACUGACAAGCCUAGAGAAGAAGAUGGUGAUGUAACUUUAUGUGUCCAAUUAGAAAACGGGGAAAGAGUUCAAGGAAGUUUCAAACCAAAUCAAACUGUUGAAUUUAUUUUAAAUAACUUAUGCCAAGAUCAAUUCAGUUGUAUGGAAAAUCCUAUCGUAUUUUAUAUGAGACAAGAAAUAUAUGGGGAUGCAUUGAAAUCAACAAAUUUAAAAAAUUUAGGAAUUACUACCGGUCGAGCCAUUGUAAGGCUUUUAAAUCGAAAUCCUGAUGAUCUUAAAACGCAAGCCAAUGUCUAUGUUCCUCCAACCCCAAAACCUUCUGAACCAAAAGAGGAAAAUGAGCGAAAAUCCAAAAAAGAACUAAAAGAAUCAUCUGGAAUAAAUGUUGCUGAAGUAAUUAAAUCUUCAAAAACUGAAAACGACAAUAAACAAUCUUUAGAAUCUGAAAAUAUAGAGAAAAACAAAAUCGAAAUAACUGAAGCAAAGGAGGAGAAUCUUACAACAAAUAAAUCUGAAGCAGAUAAAAAACCACAAUAUUCAUGGGGAGAAGGUGCUGGUAGGAUAAUGAAUGAAGAGCAAACUAACCAAUUGCCUAUUAAAGAAGAUAUGGAUACAACAGAGAACGAGCCGAUAGUGUAUGAACUUGGAGAACGACAUGCAAUUGUAUUUUCUCUUGAAUCUGUUCAGAAAACAUCGGAAGAAAUUCCUGAUUCAUUUUUUGAAUUAACAACGAAUGAUUUAAAGCUUUUACUUCGUGAUUUAAGAAAAGAAGCGAUGGGAAACGAAGAAGCACCACUGUUGACAGCAAAGAUGAGGGAACUUGAAGAAAGUAAAAAAAUUUUAAGAAAAAUGGAGCAAUAUAAACAUUGUGUAAUAAGAAUACAAUUUCCUGAUAGACUAGUUUUACAAGGAACAUUUAGAUCAAUUGAAAGUAUAGAUGAUGUACACAAUUUCGUUAAAAAAUAUUUAAAAAAUCCUGAAAUAACAUUUCAUUUGUUUACAAUUCCACCUAAAAAAAUUUUGAAUGUUGGACUAUCCUUAUUAGAGGCUGAUUGCGUUCCGGCAGCAGUUUUACAUUUUGGUAUUGAUAAUAAAGAAAAUAUUUCGGAUAAUUAUUUAUUGCCAGAACUGUACACAAAAUUAACAAGUCCAGAGGGUGCCUUAUCUGUAAUCAAAUCAAAGGGCUUACUGUUUUCUGAUUCAACGAAGGAUGAAUUUUGUCAGCAACCGUCUUCAUCUUCAUCAUCAUCACCAUCUAAGGGUGCUAUUCCUAAAAAACCUAAAAAUGAAGAAUUUAUAGAAUCCAAAACUGUUGCCGCUUCGUCUGAUAAAAGUGGAGUUGUCCCAAAAUGGUUUAAACCAAUUAAAAAAUAAAAAGGAUUGUCACGUGAUUUUUAAGUUUAUAUUUAUGAAAAUAAUAAAUUUUUUAUUGGAAAAGUUACAGUAAUAAAGCAAAAAACUUAAAAAAAAAAACAAUGUAUGUAUAUAUAUGUUUUUUUUUCAUAAUAUUCGAUUUUAUUUAAAACAAAUUACAGUAAAUAAACAGUGUUGAAAUACUCAAAAUAUAGAAAUUAAAUGUUUAUGUGAAUACAGCAUUUUUUCGUAUAAAUUUUUAUUAAACAUAAGAACAUUUUCUUAACGAUUAGAAAUGCAAUUGAUGUCGAAUUGUACAAUUUUGGAAAAAGAAGUAAAAAAAAAAAAACGAAAAUUUUCAUUAAUCCUAAGUAUUUAAUUAAAUUAUUUUUCUUUAUUUUUUUUUUAUUAUUUUGUAUUUUUUAUAGUUUUUUUUUUUUUUUUUUGUUGUAUAUUCUAAAAAAAUGCCCCGCUCAAAAUUUUAAGGCUAAAAUAUUUAUUAUAAACAUGAGCUUCUUGGCAGUUUAUUUUUAUUCAUGUUAUAAAAUCAAAUGAGUUGGAUAUUAUAUAAUAAAAUAAUUUAAAUAAAACUCGUGUUUUUAUAAGAGUUAUGCCAAAUGUGAUCUUUCUAACCACUUCAUUACUGAUUGAUAAAUGUUCAUGUGUUCAUAAAUGUAUUAAAAAAAUUUUUUUUAGAUUUUUUUAAUUAAAAAUUAAGAGUUAAUUUUAAUUAACAAAUUAAAAACAUUCUUUUUAAUAUUUCAUUAAUAAAAGCCAUUAUCAAUCUAAAAUAAACAAAGUGCGCUUAGAAAGAUCAAA